AUGCUCGGAGUUUCAAGCGUACAGCGACCGCAUGCAAAAGAGAAGCGUGAUGUUGAUCCAGCACAGACUUCUUUAUUCCAAUCAACUAGUUCACCCCUGGUAUUAUCAGAACCAGAGGCUGCAACGCUGUCAACGUCAACAAAGGCAGCAGCGGCGGUAGCAGCAACAACCUCCUCUCGGCCGCUGGAUACUUACAUCCUUGGCCAUGACCCGACGCUCACACUGAAUUCGUUUCCUACAAUUUUAACAACAAAGACGCCGAGCUCUGCACCGAAAGUAAGCACGACGCCUUCUAUUUCGGAAGACAGUCUGUUCCCGAUUCUUGGAAAGAAGACAAAAACAUCGACAAGUGAAAAAUCACUAGUCACUGUGUACACCCAGUUGCAUGCCACGGGAAGUCUUGUACCAUCGAUUGAAUGGAUCAUUCCGACCAUCACCACCAAUAGUCUACCUUCUGGUUACUCAGCAUUAAGCUCUUCAAAUUCUUCGUCGCCGAGCUGUAUUUAUGCAUCAUGCCAGUCUCCCUAUUCCUACAGUUCGCAACACACGAAGGGAAGUUUGAGCUCCAGCGAUUUUUCGUCCAGCUUGGAAAUCGUAUCAACUUUUAUAGAUCCAAUACUAUCCAAGUCUUCCUCUUCCGCAACAAGAUCAAAAAAACCAAUGUUUUCUUCCAGACCAACAGAUAGUUCAUCACAGCCCUCGUUGAGCUAUUUACACUCGCUUUUACCCACCACUACUCCGCCGACCACCUCCAGCUCAUCCACCUCCAGCUCAUCCUCCUCGUCCGAGGGAACGACCACAGUCACCCAAUAUCUGGAGGGAUUGACAUACACCCAAGUUUAUAUUGUUACUGACUCGAAACUCACGCUUACAACCUCCCUUCUAGCAACAACCAGCUUCUAUGUUGACUCCAUGAGCUCGACAUUCUCACUUUCGCCUGCGGCCAUAACUACAGAUAUAGCAGCUUUGAAGUCAAGACCGGAUUUUGACACUAUUUUUGAGAAGAAAAUGAGUGGCGGUACUGUUGCAGGUAUAGCGAUUGGGUCCAUUUUUGGUUUCUUACUCCUGCUCACAUUUUUCUUAAUCUUUCUCAAACGGAAGCGCCAAGGUGGAAAACCGUUGAUGAGUUUAUUUACCAAGGAUACAGAGCUAGCAACUAGCAACCAUUACGGCUCAGCCUACGUUCAAGAUAACGAUGAUGAUGAUGUGUAUGAUGAUCGGGAUUACGACUGCUCGGAAGAUCAAAGGGUUAUUAAUGCACCCCCCAGGAUAAUGGUAAAUUCUCAACAUAUUCAGCCUAACGGUGGAGCAAGCAUAAAGGCACCUCCAAUACCCAGCAGAUCUAAUAAACCAGUUCUUCAGACCCCACCGAUGCUAUAUGUAAACACUUUUCCGGUGGGUUCUCCAACUACUCUCUCACAUCAAACACCAGUACAUACUCCUAUGGCCACCGAAACUCACAACGAAAACCAGAACGAUGAGGAACAAGAUUUGAGUUUGUUCGAUAUGAAAAGUACUCUCAGUGCGAUCAAUGCAUCGAGUGAGGUGAACCAUCAUUUGAUGCCGCCUAUACCCCCAGCUAGGAAGAGCUUGAGCUCUAAUAGAAUUGACAAGCUGAAUUAUAAGGUUGAUCAGAUUACUCCUUCACCUUCCUCACAACUGCCUAUUGAUCGCACGAUGGGUGUUUUAUACGAGUCCCCUAAUGAACAAUGUAUCUGGGAUGAAUUUGAAGGGGCCAAGAAUUUGGGCCUCAUGUGCAACGUUGGCCGUGAUUCUCCGAUUGACUCUGUUUUUGGCCCGUUUGAAGCAGACAUGUCUAAUUACGAUCAAAAGAAACAACAUUAUUUGGAGCAGUUGAAUGUGAAUCUGGAUAUCGACAGUAAUAUUAAGAAUAGUAUACUAAACUCAACCAGGGUAAGAUCCGGUAGUGGAGCCAAACGUUAUGAAUAUUUAGCAAAUAACGUUAAUAUCAUCAAGCAUGAGGUGCAGAGGGAGAGGUUGGCAUCACCAUUAUCCAUUAACAAGCCCGAAAUAAAAGUUACGGGCGAUGGCGAUGAAGAAAAAUUAUUUCAAGGACUGGCCACGAAUAACGACACCAUUAGUCCCAUAUCUAGAAGCAAUGUACCACCCCCUGUUCCGAAGCCGCGUAAGAAUAUCAAUUCCAUAAAUUAG